AUGGGCCACGCACAGCUGCCCCCCGUCCUAGCCAUGUGGCAGCUAGCCGUCCCCGAGAUGGCCUUCGAGUACCCGCCGCUGCUGCACACCAUCCUCGCCGUCGCGUCCACCCACCGCGCCGCUUUACUUCCCGACGCCGCCGAUGUUGCCACGAGGCGCGUCCGCGCCGCGCACCACCUCCACAUCGACCGGGCUCUAAAGCACCACCGGGCGGAGACGGCCCGAGUCAAUCGUCCGGGCACAGUCGUUUCCGAAGCGUUGUGCAUGAACACGAUCCUGAUCUGCCUGUACGCGCUGACGCUCCGAGGCUGCGCAAGUGGAACUACUAGUCCAUGCCCCACCUACGAGCCCCCGCUGUUAUGGCUGCACAUGUCCCGGGGCAUCCGGUUGAUGAUCGGCCGGGCGUACCACGGUCUCGUCGGGGCCAAGGCGCGGAUCGCGCCGUUGUUGAUGGCCAAGCCCUUGGUGCACGGGGGCGCCGCUACGGCUGCCAUCACCUCGCGAGGGAUAUCUAAUGCCAACAGCAGCAGCGGCGAAAUUCGACCCCUCCAAUUUCUCCUGGACUGCAACCCUGACGACGAAGGCGAAACGCCGCAGAUCCGCGCCGUCUACGACGAAUGCGUCAAGUACCUCGAGGGGAUGUACGUCGCGGUUGUGGACCGCGGGGAGGCGGGCUUCGAUCUGCGGAAGCGCUUCUCCUCGUUUGGGCCGAUGACCCCCGCCCCGUUUGUUGGGCUCGUGGCGGACCGCAGGCCCCGCGCGUUGGUUAUUCUUGCGUAUCUUUUUGCGUUGGCCAAGGGGGCGGAGGAGGUGUGGUGGUUGAAGGGGAUUCCGGAGCGGGAGGUUAGGGGGAUAUAUGGUGUUUUGCCGGGGAGGUGGAAGAGGGCGAUGCGGUGGGCGGUGGAGUACGCUACUGGG